AUGGAUUCCACCGAUGUUCAAGAUGACAUUAUCAUAACGGUUCAAAUGCUGUCAAAACUUGUAUUGGUCAAUUUAAAUCUUAAAGCUAGCUUAUCAGAAGUUCGUAAGAAGCUUGAAAAAAUUAGUGAAGUCAAAAUGAACGAUACAUUUUCAUUUGCGAUGAUGACUGAUAAUAAUAGUAGUACUGGCGGAAGUUUGUUAGCCGUAAUAGCAAGAGAAGAUGAAGUAAAGAUUAUUUUAGAAAAAAUUAUAGACAAAAAGAGUAAAACUUUAUAUUUAUCAGAACCCGAUUGGAGGUUUUUUAAAGAUAAGAAUAAACUAGAAUAUGGGCGUAGUGUAACUUUAGAAAGAGCCAAGAGUAGAGCAUUCACGAUAGUGGAUUGUGAAAUGGAUGAAAUUGAUGAUGGAUAUGAAAAAAGUCAAAUUCAAAUUAAUUCGGACGAGGAUAAGCAUAUAAAAAAUGAUCGUCUUUUAAUUGCAGAUAUUGAUAUACCAAAUUUUGCAAAAUUAGGAGUAUCGAUUGAAAAUUCAAACACCAAAAAUUCUAAUGUUGCUACUAGUUUAAAUUAUAAUAUUAUUGAAUACAAAAAAAGGUCUUUAAGACUUAAAUUAGAACCAACUAAAGAGUUUAUUGAAGCAAUAAAGGAUGUUAUAGAUUCUAAAGAUCCUAGAAAAUUUAAGGAUAUCAUAAAUGAUUUUGGUAAAUUUAUUCCAAAAGAAAUUAUUUUGGGUGGAAAAGCUUGCUUUAUUGCAAAUGAAAACUCUGAAAAAAAUUCUAAAAAAAAUUCUGGCGAAUAUUCUGCAAAUAUAGGUGCUCAGGUAUUAAAUAUGGAAUUUGGAAAAAAAUCUUCAAGACAUUUAAAUACAAGCAAUUCUUCUAAAUAUCAAAGUUUUAAAUUAUUUGGAGGAAAACAAUUUAGUUCUAGCAACUUUGAUGAGCCAGUUUGGGUUGAAUCUUUAAAUGAUUUUAAAUGUUGGAGUUGUAUAAAAUUUAAAGAUCCAGUUAAUGUUUUUCAAAUUUUACCUGAAGAACUACGUAAACAAAUUCUAUUAUUAGUUGGAAAAAAAAUUCUUUAUACAAAUACUAAAUAUUAUACUUUAGGAUUUGGGUUUUCAAUUUUUUGUCAUCAUCCUAGAAUUCAUCAUACUAUUAAAUUAAACAUUCCAAAAAAUAUUUUAGAAAUUCUUCAACAUAAAGAUACUGAAUGCAGUGUCUUUGCAACAGUUAAUGAUAAAAAAGAAAAAGAUAUCCUUAACUGUCAAGUUAUUUGCUCACAAAAUGAAGAUCCAAGACUUAAAAUUCAUUGUAUUCAAAAAAAAUUUAGAAAGCGUAAAUUGAUGAUUGAAUGGAAGAUCAUUGGUUAUGACAUAAAUUUUGAUUUUUAA